GCGUUGUCGGGCUAUCCUCAACCCCGAUCACUUGAAACUCAAAUAAGCAGGCGUAAAGAGGAAAAGGGAUCGCACAGGAUCCUGUCAGCGGGUGCUCAGAGGGAAUAACAAGAGACCUUUAUACCACACACACACCCUUGUAUGUGCUCUUGCGCAUCGCAGACCUUAGAAAGUGCUGGUGUUCAACUACAGUGAAAGUUAACAUGUAUAUGCACGCUUUGAUUCGCGCAAGCCUUGGAUUUGUAGGUUUCUGCUUGGUCGUCUUUGUCCAACAGUCAGCUUCAGGAAGUAAAACCACUCAAGAUGUGGACGAGUGUGCAGAGGCGCUUGACAACUGCAGCAUCGAUGCCAUCUGCCAGAACACCCUGAAGUCAUACAAAUGUAUCUGCAAGUCAGGCUAUAAAGGGGAUGGCAAACAUUGUGAAGAUGUCGAUGAGUGUGCAACUGACUACAACGGCGGCUGUGUCCACGAGUGCAUUAACAUCCCAGGAAAUUACAGGUGCACAUGCUAUGAUGGCUUCCGCUUGGCACAUGACGGGCACAAUUGUCUAGAUGUGGAUGAGUGCUCGGAGGGCAACGGCGGGUGCCAACAGAUUUGUGUCAACAUGAUGGGCAGCUACGAGUGCCGCUGCAGAGAAGGAUUCCUUCUGAGUGACAACCAGCAUACCUGUAUCCAAAGGCCUAAAGUGCAAGCAGACAGCGCGAAGGAGGGACCCACCUGCAUGGACAAGAAUCACGGCUGUGCACACAUCUGCAGGGAAACACAGAAGGGUGGCAUCUCCUGUGAGUGCCGACCCGGAUUCCAGCUCACCCGUAACAUGAAGGACUGCAAAUUGACGUGUAACUAUGGUAAUGGGGGUUGCCAGCACAUCUGCGAGGAGACAGACCACGGCCCCAAAUGUUCGUGCCACAUGAAGUUCGUCCUCCACAGCGAUGGAAAGACUUGUGUAGGGGAGAGGAGUGUCCAGUCCCCGGCAGCCCCACAGCUGUUCCCCAAUGAGACCUGUGCAGUGAACAAUGGCGGCUGUGAUAGCACAUGUCAUGAUUCAGUGACAGGAGUCCGCUGCAGCUGUCCUGUUGGCUUCACUCUGCAGCCCGACCGCAAGACAUGCAAAGACAUUGACGAGUGCCGUCUGAACAAUGGGGGGUGUGACCAUGUGUGUCGGAACACAGUGGGCAGCUUUGAAUGCAGCUGCAAGAAAGGCUACAAGCUGCUGACCAAUGAAAGAACUUGUCAAGACAUUGACGAAUGCUCUUUUGACCGUGCCUGUGACCACUUUUGUGUCAACUCUGCCGGCAGUUUCCAGUGUCUUUGUCAUAAAGGCUACGUCCUCUACGGCCUGGCACACUGCGGAGAUAUUGAUGAAUGCAGUAUAAAUCGUGGGGGCUGUAAAUAUGGCUGCAUCAACUCCCUGGGCAGCUACGAGUGUACCUGUCCACCAGGGUUCAAGCUGCACUGGAACAGGAAAGACUGUAUUGAGCUUGUGAAAUGUCCUCCGGGACUGGUCGCACCAAAAGCCACUCUGACCUGUAGCAAGACGGGGAAGAAAGAGAGCUGCUCUCUUACCUGUGCCUCUAAAGCUCACUAUCUGGCAGAGUCUGACAACAGCUACUCGGUCAGUUGUGGCAUCCCCAUCCUCAGAGGAAAGUCUCCUGCCAGGCUCAACUCCAGCAGCAGUCAGAGCUGCAUAGAGACUUUGGCCCCUCCAGUGAAGCAGACGGCUUCGUUCAAGAUUAAAAACGCCAAAUGUCACCUGCACCCUAAACUGACAGGCAGGACGGAGGACAGGGGACGGACACUAGGACCAGGAGGGGGGCAGCCCUGCAGCAACUGCCUUGUAACAUUUGUCAACCUCAAAUGUGACUCCUCCAAGAAAGCUAAAGGGCGACGUGCUCGCAACCCUUCUAACAAAGAGGUAACCCGCAUUACUUUGGAGCUGGAAGCUGAGGUCAAACCUGGAGACACUACAGGCAGUUGCAAUCUGAGCUGCCUGAGACAGCGCAUGGAGAAGCAGGUUAAGACCUACAUCAAGGCUCUGAAGAAGUCCAUCAACCAGGAGCGCUUCCUGAUCCGAGUCGCUGGUUUGGAAUACGAGGUGGCACAAAAACUUCCCCAGGCUGCUCCCAGUCAGGAGAACUGCGGGCCAGGCUGGGAGAGGGAAAGUGGCCGAUGUGUCAGAUGCUUGCCAGGGUCUUACUACCAUGGUGAGCAGGAGCGCUGUGUCCAGUGCCCCCCAGGCACUUUCCAGGAGAAGGAGGGGCAGCUGGCCUGUGACCUCUGCCCUGGCAGUGAUGGCCACGGGCCGGUCGGGGCACGAAACAUCUCCUCCUGCGCAGGCCAGUGUCCAACAGGGUCCUUCUCCAGCGAUGGGUUCAAACCUUGUCAGCCAUGCUCUCAGGGCACAUACCAGCCAGAUUUGGGACGGACCCUGUGCUUCCCCUGUGGGGGAGGACUGAGCACCAAGCGGGAGGGUGCCAGCUCCUUCCAUGACUGUGAAGUCAAAGUUCAGUGUUCUCCAGGUCAUUACUACAACACUACAGUACACCGGUGUAUCCGCUGCCCCGUGGGGACCUAUCAGACUGAGUUUAGACAGAACUACUGUAUUUCCUGCCCUGGGAACACCACCACUGAUUUUGAUGGCGCCACAAGCGUCUCUCAGUGCAAGAAUAGGCAAUGUGGUGGAGAGAUGGGUGAGUUCAUGGGUUAUAUUGAGUCACCUAACUAUCCCGGUAAUUACCCCGCUAAUGUGGAGUGUAUUUGGAACAUCAACCCACCCAGCAAGCGCAAGAUCCUAAUCGUGGUGCCGGAGAUUUUCCUGCCAUCAGAGGAUGAGUGUGGAGAUGUGUUAGUUAUGAGGAAGAACUGGUCAGCCACAUCCAUCACCACCUAUGAGACAUGUCAGACGUACGAGCGGCCUAUCGCCUUCACAGCUCGCUCCAGACGUCUCUGGAUCAACUUCAAGUCCAAUGAGGCCAACAGCGCCAGGGGCUUUCAGAUCCCCUACGUUACUUAUGAUGAGGACUACGAACAGCUCGUAGAGGACAUAGUGCGAGAUGGAAGACUGUACGCCUCAGAAAACCAUCAAGAAAUCCUCAAGGAUAAAAAACUGAUUAAGACUCUUUUUGAUGUGCUGGCUCACCCUAACAACUACUUUAAGUACACCACUCGGGAGUCCAACGAGAUGCUGCCUCGCUCCUUCAUACGUCUCAUAAGCAGCAAAGUCUCAGCUUUUCUGCGACCAUACAAGUAAAAGGUCACACAGUUGCUGACGCACCGGAUCGCGAGCCCCCGACAUCCCCCUCCACCUUCCAGGCCACAUCCCGCAACUCCCACAGGGCUUAAAAAAAAAACAAAAAAAACACAAAACAUACCACCAUGUUUACCCUCUUAUUUUCCAUAGGCUUUGACAAUAAACACUAUGCAGACCUGAAAAAUACUGAACAUUAUUUGUGUUUUAGGUUUUAUUUUGUCAGUUUCCAUUCAACACAGGUCUGCAGUCCCGAGCUCAAUCAUUUAGUGGGAUAUAGAGUAUAUGAGUGGGUUUGGUUUCUAUUGUGUUGUGCAACGAAACCACACAAACAAAAAAAGACAAAACAAUAGAAACGCCCAUUUCAGACAGGAGUGGCGUUUUGUGUGCGCAGUUUGAGCUUGAUAGUUAUUGUGUUUGCGUAAAUGAGUUCCAGCUCCAGCUCCUACCAUUAAGUAUGACUGUAAGUGUUGUGUAAGUGUUGUGUAACCCUGGUUCCAUCUUCCGUGUCUGUGUGCUGUCCUCGAGGAGGAGCAGUUGUUAAAUUCAUGUCGCAGCUGCGUUCCAGGUCAUUUAUAGCCUUACUAUAUUUGAGCUCUUAGAGCGAUUUCCAAGAGUUUUACUGUUAAAACAGUUAAUCUGUGUUUUGGUCCGUCUGUCUAGACUGUACCGGUAUUUUCCAACCUUGAGAUAAUUUCUGUUGCUUUUUGAAGCCAACUUGAAGCAAAUACAAAAAGGUGGUUUAUCAAUCCAGGAACACAGUGAACAUUUGGGAGAUGAAUAACAAACUAACAUUUGUAAGAGCCACAGAAAUGAGAAUGUGAUGUCUAGUGGAACAUGUCUCGGUGAGAGAGAGAGAAUGUCUUUGAGGGACAUUAUGUUUGCUGCUUCUUUUAAAAAGGUCACUUUAAUUCUUCAAUCUCACUGUCUUUCUGAUGUACUCUACACAUUAAUAGUCUAUACGUUUAAAACAAAAGAAAGCUCAGAAUCUGAAAUACUUUAGUUCUCACACACAGUAAAUUGAUAAUCUCACAUUGCCUGUCUGUGGACUACCAGUUUUAUUGUGUUUUUAUUUCAAUCUUGUAAAUAAUGAAAAUAAAUUAGACGAGGGUUGAAUUCUUUAAUCCUAUUUUUUUUUUCUUUUUUUUUUUCUUUAAACGCAGGCCCCCCAAAAUCACUUUCUGCCCUUGUUGUUCCACCUGUCUCAAAUCCAAAGACACCCAGUGCCCCCUCCAAACACCCCACAAACAUUUUGUUCUGUCCCAAUGAAGACAGCUCUUCCAAAGACCGCCCAAAAAGGGGCGGGUCAAGGCAUUUUGUGCACUACAUUUAGAACCCAUCAUCCUACCUUUUUAGUAUGAAGUGCAAUGAAUGAAGAUAACACACCCUAAUCUUGGUUAUGCCCACAUAAAGGUUGUGAAAUGUGUUUUGGGCUGCAGUCUUUUUGAGACUCAUUGUAUGAAAUAUUUAUCAGUCACUAUGGGCAGAAGAUGUUAGGUUUAAACAUGUAACUCCAAUCCCCCCAAAAAAAAAAAAAAAAA